AAGAAGCAGCCAUCUUGCAUUAUAAACGGAAAAACUGACAUGGCAUCUUCCUUACAUUGCUCGUGCGAAUUGUGCUAAGGAUUUACCAGUUGUAAAAGACAAAAAAUCGUAAUAAAACGAAAACUAAUUAGAAGUUCCAAAGUUGUACGCUUAAAUCAAUAAAAUGCCGGCCGUACCAGGCAUGUAUCAACAAGCUCCUUCAUGCUGGGAUAGGAUGAAGCUUGGUUUUAUGAUUGGAUUUUGUGUUGGUAUGGCAUCUGGUGUUUUGUUUGGCGGGUAUUCUGUUGUUAGAUAUGGACUAAGAGGAAGGGAAUUGAUAAACAACGUUGGAAAAGCGAUGAUUCAAGGUGGUGGGACAUUUGGAACAUUCAUGGCCAUAGGAAGCGGAAUAAGAUGCUAGUAUUUGAAGACUGAUAUGUUGGAGAUUUAGGAUACAAAAAAAGUAGAAGAUGGACAAGAGAUACAUGACCCUAUGAGUAUGUUCUGAGUGUGGGUAACAAGAAGAAAUUGUGAGAAAUAAGGAUAAUGAAAAUGAUAGAAAGGUAUUAGUAAUUCAAAUUCGUAACAAACGCUCGAUAAACUUUAUUUUUCCGUAUAUCACAUGGCACGAUCGGGAGCUUCCGAUCAAACGCAUAUAUAGCGAUCUGCAACGGUCGUAAUUUCCAUGUGCAUGCGUGUCAGAGCAUUAGAAAAAAUGUGUUAUUAGACGUGGCUUUCGCAAAACUCUCGAGUAUAAGAGAAUAUAUCGUCUCGACAUAGUAGGUCUUCGCUACAAGCCCGGUAAGGCUGUGCUAUUAAGGCACUCUAUGCCAGGAAUAUGUUCAAAGUGCACGAGCGGUAUAAACAGGAUUCAUGAAAUAUAUAAUGUAUAUAUAAUAGAUAUCUCUAUAAAAGAAACGAAAGUACAUUGUAUGACAAAUGGUAAAUAAACAUACAUACAUAUGCAGACUCGUAGUUCAAGGGAAAUUAAAACUAGGCGUAUCCUAAAAAUAAUUGGACGGCGGUCUAUAA